AUGGUUCUCGGCCAGCACCGUAUAAUACGCAAGAAUGUAAAUAACGACGACUCCAAAGAAGAGGACCUAACACAUCAAAAAUCAAAUGUUGGUGAUGAGGUAGCCAGCAGGAGCGAUUCGGUUACAGAAAGAGCAGCGGUCGCAGCAGCACUCCGAGAAAGAUUGCUGCCGGCUGUUCCUCUAAACCUGUGCCCUUCUCGAAAUGGCGACGAGCGGUGCAAUGAAUCAGAAAUGAUAGGCGUGUCUUCAAGUACAACAGAAUCAGGACAUUUUCAAACUCUCCUUAUCUUUUAG